GCACUGGCCCGGCCGGGCCCAGCAUGGCCGAGCCGCUGCUCAGGAAAACCUUCUCCCGCCUGCGGGGCCGGGAGAGACUUCCCCGGAAAAAGUCCGACGCGAAGGAGCGCGGCCGCCCACCCCAGCACCCCGAGCCUGGCCCUCCAGAGCCUGAGCCCCAGGCCCCCGAGGGAACCCAGGCUGCGGCGACAGCCGCUGUGACGGCAGCAGCGGCAGUGGGUCCCCCCAGCCCGGAGGCAUCAAGGAGCCCAGGGCGCGGCGCCUACCUGCAGAGCCUUGAGCCCAGCAGCCGGCGAUGGGUGCUGGGCGGGGCCAAGCCGCCCGAAGAGACCGCUGCGGGGCCCCGGGCGCCAGGCAGCAGCGGCUGCGUUAACACUGGCGGCGGGGAGCCCGCCAGCGAGAUCUGGUACAACCCCAUCCCUGAGGAAGACCCCAGACCCCCAGCUGCAGAGACCUCAAGUCCACAGCCCGGCCCGGCUGAGCCCGAUGGCCUGACCGCACAAGGUGCAGCCCCCGCCAGCCCGCCCACGAAGGCAUCCCGCACAGCAAAGUCCCCCGGCCCGGCCAGGCGCCUCUCCAUGAAGAUGAAGAAGCUCCCGGAGCUGCGGCGCCGGCUCAGCCUCCGGAGCACCCGCGCCGGCCGCGAGCGAGACAGAAGCGCCCCCGCGGGCUCCGUCAUCAGCCGGUACCACCUGGACAGCAGCGUUGGGGGUCCCGGGGGACGGGCGGCGGGGGCUGGGGCCGCUCGCGGCCCCAGGGCCGGUUACCUCAGCGACGGGGACUCACCCGAGCGCCCAGCAGGAGGACCCCCGUCGCCCACGGCCUUCAGGCCCUACGAGGUGGGCCCUGCAGCCCGGGCGCCCCCGGCCGCACUCUGGGGUCGUCUCAGCCUGCACCUGUACGGGCUCGGGGGGCUGCGGCCGGCACCCGGCGCCACCCCCAGGGACCUGUGCUGCCUGCUGCAAGUGGACGGCGUGGCCCGGGCCCGAACCGGGCCCCUUCGAGGGGGCCCUGAUUUCCUGCGGCUGGAUCACACCUUCCACCUGGAGCUCGAGGCCGCCCGGCUCCUGCGGGCCCUGGUGCUGGCAUGGGACCCGGGUGUGAGGCGCCACCGGCCCUGUGCCCAGGGCACUGUGCUGCUGCCCACCGUUUUCCGAGGCUCCCAGGCCCAGCAGCUGGCCGUGCGCCUGGAGCCCCAGGGACUGCUGUACGCCAAGCUGACCCUGUCCGAGCAGCAGGAGGCGCCGCCGGCGGCCACGGCUGAGCCCCGUGUCUUUGGCCUGCCCCUGCCCCUGCUCGUGCAGCGGGAGCGGCCCCCCGGCCAAGUACCCCUGAUCAUCCAGAAGUGCGUGGGACAGAUCGAGCGCCGGGGGCUGCGGGUAGUGGGCCUGUACCGGCUGUGCGGCUCGGCUGCAGUCAAAAAGGAGCUUCGCGACGCCUUUGAGCGGGACAGUGCCGCCGUCUGCCUCUCCGAGGACCUGUACCCUGAUAUCAAUGUCAUCACUGGCAUCCUUAAGGAUUACCUCCGGGAGCUGCCCACCCCGCUCAUCACCCAGCCCCUGUACCAGGUGGUGCUAGAAGCCAUGGCCCAGGGAACCCCAAACAGAGCUCCUCCGGGCCCCGAAGGCACCCGGCAGCUCCUUAGCUGCCUGCCCGACGUGGAAAGGGCCACACUGACACUUCUCCUGGACCACCUGCGCCUCGUCUCGUCCUUCCACGCCCAUAACCGCAUGACCACGCAGAACCUGGCCGUGUGCUUCGGGCCCGUGCUGCUGCCAGCGCGCCAGGCGCCCACCCGAGCCCGCAUCCGCGGCCCCGGCCCAGGCCUCGCCAGCGCGGUGGACUUCAAGCGCCACAUCGAGGUGCUGCACUACUUGCUGCAGUCUUGGCCAGAUCCCCGCCGGCCCCCAGAGGCUCCGGACGUCGCGCCGUACUUGCGGCCCAAGCGGCAGCCGCAGCUGCAUCUGCCGUUAGCGGGUCCCGAAGUGGUGACUCGGCCGCGCGGCCGGGGAGGCCCAGAAAGCCCGCCUAGCAACCGCUAUGCCGGCGACUGGAGCGUUUGCGGGCGGGACUUCCUGCCUUGUGGGCGGGACUUCCUGUCUGGGCCCGACUACGACCACGUGCCAGGCAGCGACAGCGAGGACGACGAGGAUGAGGCGAGCGAGCCGAGGGGCGCCGCUGACUUCGAGGACGACUUCGACGCGCCCUUCAACCCGCACCUGAACCUCAAAGACUUCGACGCCCUCAUCCUGGACUUGGAGAGGGAGCUCUCCAAGCAGAUCAACGUGUGCCUCUGAGCGUCUGGGCUAAGGCGGCGCCCUUAGCAACGGCAGAGGUGGACCAGACCUGUUGCUUAGGCGGAGCUCCUGGUUGCUAGGGAGUUGCCAAGGGACCAGCUGCCAAUCAUUCCGUUUCCUGGGGCCCAGUGCCUAGGGCAAGGGGGCCUGUGGGGACUCGCUGUUGUGGCGUCUUCCUCCCGAGCACCGAGGGCUUCUCUUCUUGUUGGUGUCCACAGGCACUUCUCCUGCUUUGCUAGGCCGGCCUCUUGCCUCCCCUUGGCCCGGGAGCAGGGGGGCCGGGGGGAGAGGGGGAUAUGCCGAAGUUACUGUGAGCAUCACCCUGGGAUGGCGAGACACCCCCUUGUCAGUCCUCUUGCUGCUGCCAACCCCAUCAGUAUUAGCUUUGAGCACUGCACUGUCUGUCCCUCCCCUGGCCAACCCCAAGGACAAGGACUAUCACGAGGUGCUGUUGUGUGUGUGCGCGCGGGGGGAGGGGGUUGAGGGGAAGCCCCUUACCCUGGGCUCUGGCUGCACCGGGGCAACCUGGGACCGAUAGGUGAACAUCUGGACCCUACACCCUCCCGCCGCCUGGGACUGACCUCCCACCAGCAAUCUGACAUAGCAGGGUCUGGCCCUUGUCCUCCCUCCCUGCCCCUCCCCCUUCCCUGAAAUAAUGGAGCACUUAACCCCUCCCCUUGCGGGAGGGUUCCCCCCCUGAGGCGUCAGGCUGGGGAAGACUUUUUGGUACGGAAAAU